UUGAUUCAGCAACCAUUGUUUACUGUAACAUUUGACAUAAAAUUGUAAGUUAGCUCAGACCGAGCUGCCACUUGUGGUUGUAAUUGUAAGUCGACUUAUAUCAAGUAGUAGCAGUUAAGAAGGAAAACACGAAUCAAAGAAGAAGGAAAUGGAACUAUACGAAAAUUACAACCAUCACCCUAAGUCCACUGAAAAGAUGUGGGAUGUGUUUUCCGAAACGCCUCCUGAUGAAGACGACCUCACCGAAACUUCAAAAUUGGUAGAUGUGGUAUUGAAGAUCAUGAAGGUCAUCGUCUAUGGCAUCACUCUGACCAUCGUUCUCUGCUCGGCCGUUUUAUCAAAAAUCACCAUCUUGUUUAUGACGUCACAAAUAAAAGAAGCCCACACAGUCCAGAUUUGCAAGAAAGGUUUAGAGCUGGAACGAGACAAGGAUUAUCAAGCCACCAUAGCAGAUGUAGAACGAGUUGAAUGGAUUUGGUGUUUGUAUUUUGCUUUAAUAAUUCCAGAGGUUUUCACACUUUUCAGAAGUACCAGAAUGUGUGUAUUCAAGUCAUACAGAAAACCUCAGCGUAACACAUUUUUAAUUGUUUUUAUCGCCGAAUCCCUACAUAGUUUAGGACUUGUGCUUUUAGUCUUCGUCGUUCUACCAGACAUGGACGUCGUAAAGGCUGCCAUGUUAUCUAGCUGCGUUUGUUUCAUGCCUGGUCUGUUGGGAUUGUUAUCACGUCACAGAACCGAAGAGAAGCGCCUUCUGAAGGUUUUCCUCGAUGUCCUCUCGCUAUCAGCACAAGCAACUGGUUUUGUAGUAUGGCCCUUUGUGUUAGGUAAUCGCCAGUGUUGGGCAAUUCCUCUCGCUGUUAUCUUUGUGUCCAUGAACUACUGGGAGAACUUCACUGACCAACGCUCUCCAAUAGGGCUCAUGAAAACUCUCGCUAAGGCCAAAGAAGACUUACGAAAGAGUAAAUAUUACACAUACAUCUUCAUUUCAAUCUGGAAAAUGGUGUUAAUUUUGUGUAGCAUGUUGGUCUUCUUGAUGAUCACCACGAACGAUGUGAGUGUACUUUUUCAAAGUUUUAGGGCCAGCUUUAAAAGCCAUCCCAUUGUGAUCGACCAGAUAAGAAAGUCCGUCGUAGUAACCAAAGUGCCAGAAUUGGCAACGACAAAUCCUCUGGACAAUCCAACAGAGAUCAUGUCCAAUGCGAUGACCCCCAUUUAUUUUCUUAUAGUGCAUUCUCUCGCAUCUUGGCUUUGUUAUGUGCAUGGAAAAUUUGCUUGCAGAAUUUGCAUCCAGGGAUUUAGCUUUGCAUUCCCCAUUAGUCUAGUGAUCCCUGUCUCCGUAUCCGUGCUCAUUGGGAUUUGUGGAAUUCGUGCGGAGGAUGUUUGUUUCUUUGAAAAGACUUUUCCAAAGUAUCUCUUUUGGACCUGUCCUCGGAGUGACUUCUUUGCAGACUUUGUUUUCCAAGAACAUGCGUGGGUAUGGGUAUUGUGGCUCCUCUCACAGACGUGGAUAGUUAUUCACAUCUGGACACCGAAAUGUGAAAGACUUGCAUCGACUGAAAAACUUUUUACAAAUCCAAUGUACGUCAGUGCUUUGAUUGACCAAUCGGUGGCUUUAAACCGAAAACGAGAUGAUGAAGUUGAAAUCAAAAGUGAGAAACUUGACAACGCAGAAAAAGAAGAAACUCAAAUAUCCAGAUUGUACGAUACUGUACCUGCAGAAAUUGGCAGGGACCAGUUCAUAUCCGUAGAUAAAGUGCAAAAUAAAGACGAAGUGUCAAGAAUUUACGGAUGCGCGACUAUGUGGCACGAGACAGGCGAAGAAAUGGUCCAGAUGUUGAAGUCUGUCAUGAGGGUGGAUGAGGAUCAAGCUGCACGUAAAAAUGCCCAGAAAUACCUUGCGAUUGUGGAUCCCGACUAUUAUGAGUUUGAAGUUCAUAUUUUCUUUGACGAUGCCUUUGAGCUGUGUGAAGAAAAUGACGAAGACUUCAUGGUGAACCGUUUCGUAAAACAGUUACUGCAAGUUAUCAACGUUGCUGCAAGGUAUGUAAUGUACAUGUACUACCUCCUGGGCCACAAGCUCAUGGAGCUUCCUAUUUCUGUCGAACGAAAGGACAAGAUGGCAGAAAAUACCUACAUACUGGCGCUAGAUGGAGACAUUAACUUCCGAGCCGAAGCCGUACGGCUUCUGGUUGACCUGAUGAAGAAGAACAAGACACUUGGAGCUGCGUGCGGUCGAAUUCAUCCAGUAGGGUCAGGUGCCAUGGUAUCGUACCAGAAAUUCGAAUAUGCCAUUGGUCAUUGGCUCCAGAAAGCUACCGAGCACAUGAUUGGGUGCGUUCUUUGUAGCCCCGGAUGUUUCUCAUUAUUCCGGGCAAAGGCACUGAUGGAUGACAACGUGAUGAGAAAAUACACUACAACGUCUGAAGAGCCUAUACACUACGUACAAUACGAUCAAGGAGAGGACCGUUGGCUAUGUACACUUCUUCUUCAACGAGGGUAUCGGGUUGAGUACAGCGCAGCCUCAGACGCUUACACCCAUUGUCCUGAAGGUUUUGGGGAGUUCUUCACACAACGACGUCGGUGGGCUCCAUCGACUAUGGCAAACAUCAUGGACCUUCUUGGAGACUACAAGCGAACUGUGGCCAUCAACGAUAACAUUUCCUUUCUUUAUAUCGUUUAUCAAGGUAUGCUGAUGGUUGGCACAGUUCUCGGUCCUGGUACCAUCUUUUUGAUGUUGCUGGGUGCAAUGGUAGCUGCUUUCCGAAUCGACAACUGGACUUCAUUUUGGGCCAACAUGAUCCCUAUCUUGGUCUUUACAAUCAUCUGCUUUGUUGCCAAGAAUGACAUUCAGAUACUCGUAGCACAGAUCCUCAGCUCAGCCUACGCGUUACUUAUGAUGGCCGUACUGGUGGGGACUGCUAUACAGCUUACACACGACGGCAUUGGUUCACCUUCGGCAAUAUUUCUGAUUGCACUGUCUUCCAGUUUCCUCAUAGCAGCCAUAAUUCAUCCGCAGGAAUUUUCUUGUAUAAUAUCUGGUCUUCUUUACUUCAUCAGUGUUCCUUCGAUGUACCUUCUACUGAUUCUCUACUCCCUGGUCAAUCUGAAUGUGGUGAGCUGGGGAACGAGAGAGGUUCAGACCAAGAAAACGAAACAACAGUUAGAGCAAGAGAUGAAAGAAGAAGAAGAAAUGAAGAAGAAGAAGAAACAGAAAUCUAACAUCUUUGGCUGGUUAGGACUUAGCGGAAAAGAAGAAGAAGAAGAUGGUGGAAUAACUUGUAAUCUUGCUAAUCUGUUUAAGUGUAUGUUUUGCACCUACCCAAAAGCUAGCGAAGAAAAAAUACAGCUCAUUAGGGUCAACGAUCAACUGGAAAGUCUAAACAAGAAGAUUGAAACACUAGAGCGACGACUCGGGACAGGGACAACGGCAUCUGGUUCUGCUUUUCGUCGACGAUCUUCUGCCGGUCGUCGUUUACAAAAACCUUUUGAAAAUUUGACUACUGUUCAAGAAGAUGAGGGUGAGGAGGAAGAGGCGGAGGAGUACGAAAGUGAGUUUGAGGAGUCAGACGAAGAACCUACUCCAAAGAGGGAUGAAGAGAAAAAUCCAUACUGGAUAGAAGACAAAGACCUAGCUCAGAGUGAGUUGUGUUAUCUGGAUCCGUUAGAAACUAACUUUUUCAAGGAAUUAAUUGAAAAAUACCUGAAGCCUCUUCUGAAGAACAAAGAUCAAGAGUCUCGGAUUGCUUCUGAACUGAAGGAGCUGCGAAACAAGGUUGUUUUUGGAUUUCUGAUGUCUAAUGCAUUGUUCAUUCUCAUUGUGUUUUUACUGCAGCUGAACAAGGAGCAGCUACACAUCAGAUGGCCGCUAGGGGUCAAAAGCAAUAUUACCUACAUUCCCAAAACGGAGGAAGUAAAAAUUGACAGGGAAUAUUUAGAAUUGGAACCUAUUGGUUUGGUAUUUGCCUCGUUUUUUGCUAUAAUUUUGAUCGUACAGUUUAUCGGUAUGGUUUUGCAUCGCUUUGCUACCUUCUCCCACAUCUUAGCAUCCGUAGAACUUAGCUGCUGUAACAAGAAGGUUGAAGACAUAAGUGACGAUGCUUUUAUUGACAAGAAUGCAAUAUACAUAGCUAAACAACUGCAAAAAUUACGUGGCUUUCAUGAACAAGAAGUCGCAGAAGACAAGAAAGGAGGGAACCGAUUGGAAAGAAGAAGGACCAUUCACAACUUGGAGAAAAGACGCCACCAACAACCUCGAAUUGGUACUUUAGACUUAGCUUUUCGUACAAGACUUUUCAGUAUUUCUGAGGAAGGUCCAGCAACUCCGGUUCUUAAGGACCUCCGCCGUUUUAGCCGACGGAAUACAUUGAAGGCGUUAGAAAAACGAAGGAACACGGUGGUUGGAUUAGAAACGAGGCUUAACUCACUGGGAGGUCCAAUGCAGCUCGGAGAUGGCACAACCGCGGAUUGCAUCAAUAUACAAAGACUGCUACAGUCUUCUCGGGAAUCUGUGGAAGGAGUUACUAACCACGCUUUUAUGAACGAUAGUGAUGACGACAGAGAAAAUGAAUUACAGAUGAGUGUGUUGAAUAAUGAAUUUUCCAACAUCAAACAACAUCAAGGCCAUCUUAGGCCCAUGAGUGACGCAUGAAAUAAAAUAGUUCGUGAGGAAACAAAAUUAUAGUCCUAUGAACCUCACCUACACGCUGAAAAUUUGGUCUAAUUUGUUGUUAUGCCCUAAACGAAUGUGAAUAUUUAAUUUUCAAACAACAUAAAAAAUUAUCACAAAUCUAUUUAGUGAAAUCAAAGGCAAAAGGAUAAUUUUUUUUUCAGAAUUUCUGACAUGAAAGACAGGCAUUAAUCAUAUAAAUGGUUCUUCUUCCAAAAAAAAAUUAUCUGGCCCUGAUGCUUGAGACAUUCGGGGGUAAAUCGGUUAAGCCUGAAAUUUCCGAGUUACUUUACAGUGUGAACAUAAUUUUGUUUUUACUUAUUUCUAAAUAAAAACGUUUAAGCCACGUU